AUGAGAGACGAGUUUCAACUUCAACUGGGUGAUCUGUUCAAGUCACGAACAGUUCUGGUGACUGUGAUUAUUCUUCUGUGCUUCCUCGCCAAUCAACCUCCGUUCAAUCAAGCCGGGAGUGCUGUGAUUCUUUCCUAUGCCCAGGAAAAAUCGUCAACUCAGUACGUCAAGGGCCCACGAGACGUUGUUUUCGUGGUUUUCCACGCAAUGCUUUUCCUAUCUCUUCGAUAUCUGCUCGUGGACCAAAUCUAUCCCCAAGUCGCACGCUAUCUGAAAGCGAAACCCAGCGCGAGGUUCUCAGAGCAAUUGUUCCAGCUCACUUACUUCUUCUUUUCAAGUUCGUACGGCAUCUACGUCUCUGUCGAACAGUCGAUAUGGCGCUUGAGCAUAAAUCAGCUAUUGGAUCGGUUGCAAGAUUCUACGCUGGAUGGUAAGGUCAAGUACCUAUACCUCAUCGAGACGGCUUGGUGGGUUCACGAGGCGGCCUACUUAGCCAUGGGCCUAGAGAAGAGAAGAAAGGAUUUCUACGAGCUGAUCAUCCAUCACGUCGUGACUAUUACUUUGAUCUUGGGGAGCUACUGGUAUAAUUACACGGACUUUGGUCUGAUGAUCCUUGUCCCACAUGGUGCCAGUGAUGCUCUUCUUAGUUGUACACCAAAUCCCGACUCAUGCCCGCUGCAUGGCUCGUAUUUCUACUGGUCUGGCUCUAUGGGCGACAUUAUUUGA